GGGACGUCUGCGCUGCUGGUACUUAUUAGCCGUAUUUCCCCGGUCUUGUGACGUCUCGCCGUCUUGUCGAGAUCCUCGCCGAGUAAAGUGUCUCCAGGUCAGUGCAUCUGAACGCUGUUUGCCAACCGCCAAUAAACAACUAGAGAAGAAGAAAGCAUUGCUGUCCAGUGACAAAACUAACUUUCUUUGUCUCCAGAAAUCCACACUCUUCAUCUCCACCUGACAAUGGCAGCAGUUGGAAACAGAGGAACAGUGACCGAGGCAGCCGGGUUUGACCCAGAGGCAGAUGCCCAGCGACUCAGAGGAGCCAUGAAAGGAGCUGGCACUGAUGAGGCAGCUGUCAUCGAGGUCCUAGCUCACCGUACAAUUGCCCAAAGGCAGCGCAUCAAAGAGGCCUUCAAACAAGCUGUGGGGAAGGACCUGGCCGAUGAGCUGUCUUCAGAGCUGAGUGGGAACUUCAGGAGCGUUGUUUUAGGUCUGCUGAUGUUGGCGCCGGUUUACGAUGCCUACGAGCUGAAAAAUGCAAUGAAGGGGGCUGGAACAGAGGAGGCUGCUCUCAUCGAUAUUCUCGCUUCAAGGUCAAACGCUGAGAUUAGAGCCAUCACUGCUUUCUACAAGAAAGAAUAUGGGAAGAGCUUGGAGGAUGCUGUUUGUGGGGACACAUCUGGCAUGUUUCAGAGGGUUUUGGUGUCUUUACUCACGGCUGGACGAGAUGAAAGUGACAAAGUGGACGAGGCUCAGGCUGUUCAAGAUGCUAAGGAAAUCUACGAGGCGGGGGAGGCUCGAUGGGGUACAGACGAGGUUAAAUUCCUCACGGUGCUUUGUGUAAGGAACAGUAAACAUCUGCUGAGAGUGUUUGAAGAGUAUCAGAAGAUUUCUGGAAAAGAUAUUGAAGAGAGCAUUAAGAGGGAGAUGUCCGGCGAUCUUGAGGACGUCUUUCUGGCCAUAGUGAAAUGCAUCAGGAACAAGCCAGCGUUCUUUGCAGAGAGAUUAUACAAAUCAAUGAAGGGGCUGGGCACUACAGAUACCAUCCUCGUUAGAAUAAUGGUUGCCCGAGCGGAGAUCGACAUGUUGGAUAUCAAAGCUCAGUUCCUGAAGAUGUACGGCAAGACUCUGCACUCCUUUAUCAAGGGAGACACGUCUGGUGACUACCGCAAAAUCCUGCUGGAGCUGUGUGGAGGCGAGUAGAGAGACAUCACAGCAGCUCUGUCUUUACUGCAGCGACCACAUUACCAGAUUGAUUUUCUGUCAACUAAUUCCUGUUUUUUUCCUGUUCUGUUUCUAUGGCCUUCAUAUUUCACUGACCAACAACGGUGCCUUAUUUUACUGUUUGUACUGUAAUACAAAUUAAACCAAAGAGCAGUGACAUUUUA